GUGAGGCGACAGUUGCAGUAGUGGUAAUGGGUGUAGUAACAGCAGUUGAAGCAAAAGAUGAUGGCGAUGUUGUAGGAGAAGUAGUGGUAGAGGUGGAUGAAAAGGAUGAUGAUGAUGAUAACGAUGAAUAUUCUUAUGAUAUUCAAUCUAAUAAAUCAUCACCAAUUAAUUAUCCCUCUACUCAUUCUGAAAUCGGUAGUGUUGGCGGUAUAAUUACAAGCGGUAGCAACAGUAGUAGUAAUCAUGGUUCUCAUCAUAAUCACAACAUUAAUAAAGAUGAUCUUUCCAAUUCUAUCACUCCUAAUAGUCCUGCUCAAUUAUCACAUAAUAACAACAACAAUAAUAAUGUCGAUCUUUUAAAAAAAUCUUUAAUAAUUACAACUACAAGUUAUGAUUAUGAAGACGACGAGGAUCUUAGCAAUCGAUCUUCUUGGAAGAGACAACGUUUAAACAACGAUGAUAACAAUAAAAACGAAAAUUCUUAUAGAUUACCUCCAAUAGGAACAUUCAAUUUUGAUUCAACUACCAUCAAUAAUAAUAACAACAACACUGCUAAUAGUAGUGGCGCUAGUAUUAUUACUAGCGAGAAAUUGACAUCGCCGGCCGAUUUGACUUCUCAUAAACCUUGGUGUCAACUUCAUUCUCUUGAACAGUUUGCCGCUAUAACUGAAAUUUAUGCUACUGCAAAUAACAUUAUAAUAUCUGUCAGAAUCAGAAGUAUUUUUGGCGAACACGCAAUUAAGGUGGCUGUAAAAUUGCAUUUCAAUGGAUCAAAUUCUGAGCUUGCAAACUAA